CCUAGGGUCUGCUGCUGGAUUUUGACAGCUCAUCAGUUUGACGUUAAAAUUUCAGUAAUGAUGGCGUAUUUGGGGAAGAAGUGUUUUCUAUUUUAAAUAUUGAAUUUUAUGUAGUUGUGUAAAGUGAAAACAAAGUGUUUUUAAUGCCGUACCGCAGGCGCUUUCCGGUUAAGAUGCAGGAUUACGAGGACGACGUCACCGUCGUCGAUGUGUACGAUCUUGCAUCGGAUAUUGGUAAAGAAUGUGAGAUAAUUAUUGAAAAAUACGGCCCUGACGCCGUUACAGCUUUGCUGCCGAAGGUAAUAAACACACUGGAACUCCUGGAAAACUUAGCCGUCAGGAAUGAGAAGGAAAAUCAAGCGUUACAGGAGCUAACAGCAAAAAUUUCGCAGUUGGAAAACGACAAGAUUGAAAAGGCUGAAUACAGACAACGGUUCGAAAAGGAAAUCGAAGCUAUAGAAGAGCAAUGGCGAACCGAAUCGGCCGAGUUAGUAACGGCUGUGGCGAGACUUCAGGACGAGAACAAGCGUCUCCGGCGAACAAUAAACGCGCCUGCGGACGGUACAAGCGCGCCGCCGUCUCCGGCACGUGAACACGAUCAAGAAGUGCUGUCGCGACUGAGCAGUACCGCGGAGAAACAGCGUGCCACUCUACGUCUCCAAGAAGUGCAACUCCAAGAAAAACAACAGCAGAUUGAUAGCCUGACAAACCAGCUAGCCCAGGUCAGUCGGGAUCUCAGGCGGAAGUACAAGCAGCUACAGAAUCAGAUGCGGCUCGUGUGCGAGGAGCGUUCGGAGCUGACUGCCAUCGUACAAUCGCAGCAACGGGACAUAUCCGCGUUACAGCAAACUAAAGCGCAACAAAAGAAAUGCGCAACAUGCGGCUCGACGUCCCCCGAAGCUCCGGACGAGGAAGAUCAAUCGACGAAAGCUUCAUACAGCGCGAUACUGCACGAGCGGAAUGAGCUCCAGCUUAAAUUGAACCGCGCCGAAGAACAGAUCCGGGCUCUGCAGAUCGAUCCGCAGCCAGACAGUAGCGGUUCAGACUCGUCGCCGUCGCUGAGCUCGGCGGCGCCCGACGAGGAGCCGCCCGUGCAGGGCCCGCUGCCCGCGGAGCCCGACGACGCCCCAUGGAAACGACGCGGCGGCAUCAGGAAGUUUUUUCGCAAGUUCCUUGCUGAGUGUGAUAUCUCCGUGGGAUCGUUCCCGCGUCGUUCACUUUCCACGUUCGGUGGCAAGGCUACCUCGACCCCCGGCUCCGCCCCCGCCCCCUCGUAGACACUCGGACCCCAACUCGGCAUCCGAGAAAACUGAAAAACACCGAAGGUACUCCGAUAUAAAACACCCCGCCUCCAGAUUAGACUUGCGACAGGAGUUACAGAAUCUAAAUCCCAACAGCCAUGAGUUCGAUGGUUGGCUCGGUGCUAAAUUCGACGAGAAGGAUGAACGUGUUUGCGACAAUCGAUUUAUUUACGAUCACGAUGUUCCCUUGCAAAGGUCGAUAUCACUCGACGGGGGCGUUGAGAUAUUUAAUUACCUACAGAGUUUGGGAUCAGAUUGGUCGGGUAGCAGCGUCGGCUCUGCGUGGACGAUCCAUUCCGAGGAUCGAGACAAACUAACGAUGGAACAGUACAGGAGUUUCGAGGAUAUCCCGGCUUCUCCGAUUAAAGGGAAAAGCAGGCGUGCAUCCUCUGACGUGGAUAAUGCGUUUUUUGGAAGGAAUUUAGCUCUGUCUGUAUUAAGGGACAGUUUUAAAGGCGUGGAAACGAACAACAGUAGUUUCUCGCCGCAGAUAAAGAAAUUACAGAGGUGUUACACUACAUCUGGUUCAUUCGAGGACUUCGGACUACGAGUUUCAUCUCGGAAUUCAUUCGAUAGUAUGGCACGUGAUGUCUCUCAACAUGUAAGAAGAAUAUCUAGCACUUCUGUUCUGGAUUGUACUAAAGAUGGAUACUCAAAAGAAAGAAGCUCCCAAGUAACUUUUUCGCAUUCCUAUAGUGACAGGCGUUUGGGAUUGAACGAGUAUGAGGAUGAGGAUUACAUUGAAAUGCGUGUUCCUUAUUACAGAAGUAUAUCUGUUGCUUCGAGCAGUGAUGGUAAUGGGGCGGGGGGUGUUCGUCGGAGGCGGGUAGGCGUGUUCGAUUCUUCGUUCCCGGGAAUCGUUAGAGAAAGGAAUUUGAGGAUGGAGGUCAUGAAAAAGGGUUUUGAAUCCAAGAGCUGCGACAAUCUACCGACUCGAAGAGUUGACGGGUCCGGCUGUAGAACAACAGAUCCGGCUGGUACAAAAAUGUUUAAUGGAACGCAUAAAUGUAAAUACAGUGACCUGAGAAUGUCCGCUAAUGAGAUCUUGGAUUCGAUCGGAGCAAAGGAAACGUGUGUCAAUUUAGAAGCGGCGGAUAAAGUCGUGCCCGCGAUCGUGGUUACAGACGCCGACUGUACCGAUGGCGGUGUUGCCAAAGCAGAGAAUAUGAAAUCUUCCACUUCCAAUUUAGUAAGUAGAAACUGUGACUGUCGAAUUUGUACCGAAGCUGAGGACGUAGAAGGUAGAUGUUUCCUGCGUAAAAUGCUAAGUAAAUUAUUUGUUAAGAUGGUACUGUGUAGCGAUUACGGUAGGAAAUUGACGUAUUGGGACGAGAAUAACAACAUGAAUGAAAAUGAAAUGUACACUUGUUUCACUAAUAUAUUGAAGUUAAUGCUGGGUUUGUGGUUGCGGCAUUUAGAUCAUAAUUGAUUUAGAAGUUUUAAGAAUUGAUUGCAGUUUCUUUGUCCUUUGAAUUUUCUAAGAUGCGAAUAAAUUUUGCUGGAUAUCAAGCAUAAGAUUUAGCAUUGAGCUCGAUCGUUAAAUGGUUUUUGAUAGCUUUAGAAAUAAUUCAGCAUUGUGGGCGUCGAUAACGCGGUCACUUGUAAUUUAGCUAAUAUGGUUAUAGAGUGUUGCCAGUUAUUACUAGUUUUAAUGUUGGUAGAAAAACUAAAACCUACGAGAACUUUUCGUAGCUUAGUAUUGUGAAAACUCCGGUUCGUGUUUUCGGCUUUAGUGUAUAUUUAAAGUAGUUUUACACAAAUUUUCCUUAAGCUUUUCCAGAUGCUUUUUUGUCUCUUCAAUAGGUAAAAUUUAAAAUACUUCCCAAUUUUCACGUCAAUUUCCUUCUAUAACAAUAUUAUUCGUAAAACUCGAUGCAAUAUCGUGAAUCGGAAGUCAAAGAGCAUAAUGUGUUUUAGUCGGAACGACUAAUUAAAUCGAUACGAUCGCUUUACGAUAGGUUUAUGGUAUUGAUACUGUUAUUAUUGUGUCAAGACACGAUAAAUCGUCUCCGACUUUAUAUGUCGUGCUCUUUGAUUUUCUAAUUUCGCCUUUCAUGUGUGACUGAUAUUCGAGGCUGUGUUUGUGUGUGUGUAUGUGUGACUUAUAUUUUAUCGUUGUGUAUGUUGUCACAAAUUUUUCUUUGAGCGUUAUCAUUUUAACCGGUGAUUUUAAGAAUACUAUUUAAUUUGUAAGAUGAUGCAGCUUAAAAUGUAUGAUUCAGGUAAUUUGGUGAAUUAUUAUAUAGCGAAACGUGUUGUUAAAGAUACAUCAUAAUUUGUAUUAAAUCGUAUGGAAGAGCGAGUGCCAUUUGUUGUUUCAUCAACUCACAUCGAUUUCGCAAAGAAUACGUCAUAUCUUCAUACGUUUUUUGGGACGAACGAUUUUGAUACUUGUAAUACAUUAUUGUGAAGUAUUUUUGGCCUAAACAGUAUUCACGUUAUUUAUUUUAAAUGCAUUGACGUUUUUUAUCUAUAUUGUAUUAAGCUUUACUUUAAGAAUUAAAAUAUAUUUCGAGUUACCAAAAAAAUAGCCUACAACAAUUUACGUAUGUUCAUUUAAAAAAAGCACAUUGACAAUAAAAUUUUGAAGACAGAAAAAAGAGUAAAAAAAAGAUUAGAGAAGAUUAAAUAUAAAUAAAUAGUCUUGGAGAUUUUUCAGGUUUAGCCUUACAAUAGUAGUUUCUCCAGACGUAGCUUAUCUAUCAAUAUCGUUCAAAUCAAAUUUGUUUAGUUUUCAGCAAAGAAUGAAAUCAAUACAAGAUGUAUUGUUUUAAGGAUUUCGACAGACCAAUUUAAUGCUUCCAUAAAUAGGUAUACGUAUGCGCUGUAUUUAUUGGCUUGCGCGGUUAUUGGUGGCUAAGCUACGAUUAUUUAUUGAAUAAGAAUAAUGUUUGUUAAACAUACUUGAUACUUUAAAAAAUAUAUCGACGCUUGAAAGGCAAACGUGACUAAGCGACAAUAACUGCUUUGUACAUAAAUGAUAGGCAAUAACCAUAUUCGAUGCGCGAAAAAAAUAUAUAUUUCUAGGUCUAUUAAAAUCAUUUCAAUCCUACAGCUAGAUCCGUUAAAAUAGAUUUUUUUUCAGGUAUUUCAACUUUAAAUUAUGUAAGUCUACUGUAAAGUUCAAGCAUUGUCGCUUAGUAACGUUUGCCUUUCAAGCGUCGAUAUAUCGUCUUUAAUGUUAAAUGAAUUUUCGAAUUCUGUAAUAAAAAUAAGAAGUGUUUGGGUUUUCUGACAUCGUAAGUUAAUAUUAGAUAUGUUUAUAUCUUCCCGAAGAAUACGUGUCUCUUAAGAUGUCUAUUAAAAUGAAACACCGAAGGAACAUAGUUGUAACAGUAUUGGUGCUUAACAGAUAAUUAAAAAAUUUAGUAUCAUCCACACGGACAAAACUAAUUGCACGUUUUGGCGAAACACAAUUUAUUUCUUUGUCAUCUUCGUUGUCUGCCUCAAUGAUUGUCGUAUAGUUAGUUCAGUAUGUAUCAAUUAUUAGCGUGUAUUGCGUGCUGUUUAUCUUACAUUCAGUAAACAAAACUGCGCACCGUAAAAAGUAACAGUUUAUUUAAAAACUGAGUUGUAAACUUACAAACUAACCCUUCUGUAGGUGUCCACGCCUCGACUCCGUAGGCUAUGAUGGAUUACGAUGGAUGGCUACGUAGGUAGCAUUAGUCGGAUACCUCUGUCUUAGCUUUGCGAAAUGGAGGACGAGGAAAUUCGACGAAAUUUAUCGAAAGCUCGUCUUCUAGGAGCUUCGCUCUUCUGCAUAACCAUAAAACGGUAUCAGCCAAAGCGAGGCAAGUGUGUACAUUAAUAAAAUUUUACAUUGUCUAUUUGGUAUUUAAUCUGGUAGCACAACUUUAUAAGUACUACUUAUGUACACACAUGCUAGUUCUUUUAAAGAUCUUUGAAAUUACUUCAUAUGAUCUUCAGUUAUAUCAGUAAUAGCUCUGAGCUUUGAAAUGAAUAAAUGGUAAAGUUAAAGACCAAUAUUUGGAUAAAAGUGACUUAAUUUUGUUAAUAAUUUUUUUUUUCUCCGAAAACAAUAAAUUGUUUGAGUUAUCUCAGAACAUUUUGCAUUCUCAUUGAUCUAAGCGUAAAGUGCUGUUGAAUUUUCCCAUUUUUAAUCAUUUAAAAAUAGUUAAUCCAGUGAUUCUCAACCACUGUUCCACGGCACUUUUGUGUGCCGCCAUAUUUUGCGAAUAUAUAAUAAUGUUAAUAUUAUUAAAUUAUAUCAUUUUAAAAAAAAUAUAUUUUAAACAUGAAUAUAUAUAUUAAAUCCAUAAAAAAAAUUAUAGUAUAUUUUAGUUUAUUUCGUAUAUUAAAAUUUUUUGAUAAACUAUUUAUGCAGCGUGUUGGAGUAAGUAAAUAAUUUUCUUUUUUUUUUGUGUGCGGUUAAAUUUUGAAAUCGUUAAAUAUGUGCCGCAACAAAAAAAGGUUGAGAAUCACUGAGUUAAUCCAAUGCAGGCACCUUGCGUGUAAAAGUCACGUUGUCUCAAAUGGUUCCUUUUUUUCAAGAGUUCGAGACUCUUAAACGACAAACCACUUCUUAUUUACAAUCAUUACAUUCUAAGUUGGUCCCAAUCUAUUAGUUGACUAAGAAUAAGUACCGUACAUUUGUUUCCAAAGCACAAAUAUGAAAUCUAAAAAUACCCAUAAUAAGUGUGCAGUUGUGUUUACUGUGUAAUCUCAAUGGAUAUUUAUAUUAAUAUUAUUUAUUAAAUAACUAACAUUGAAAACGGCGAGUCAUGAACUUUGAGUUUUGACACCUACGUGAUUGAAUGAAUAUGGUUGUUUAAGAACGUGUAAAUGUAAACCGUAUGGUGUAAGUUAUUACGUCAAAUUAUAACGUCUCCCGUUGGCUAUGGAGGCAAAUUAAUAUGAACGGCAAAGUUCGUGGUUGGUUGUUUUAGUGUAAUAUUUCCGGUCUUAUUCAUAAUGGUUUAUCGGAGCCCGGUACAGGAAGACAAAAGUGUUUUUUGUUUUAAACGUUUGAUAAAAUUCUUUGUUAGGGCCUCGAUCACAAAAACUCCGUUAAAACACCCAAUGUUGCCAUUUCUUGGACUCUAAGGUAAUUCGGUCAUUGAAAUUGGGCCGAUCCCGACUUUAUAUAAACCCCCGUCUCGAUUGACUUCUCAAUUAGGUCUUAUCGCAUGUUACAUUAACUCAUUGCAUAAUGCUAUAGCAGCUUCUGUCCGGCUCAGGCCAGUAUACCUCAUCCAAUACCACCGGUGCAGUACAGACGAGUAGCGGCUUCAUUAAGGCAAACAAUUUUUUUUCAUAAUCAGAUGACUCCACUAGGUCUAACAUACGAUUAUUUCUCACGACCCGCCGAUUGUUUUGAGUUUUUAACUCUAAAAGUUUCACACUAGCUGCAACUGUCAAUCAAAGCGAAUGUCAAAUGUUAAAAUAUUGAAAACCCAAUCAAAAUAUACAGCUGACCGAAGUCGGCCAUGUUUUUUUUUUGUUCAGACCUUUAAAAUACAGAUAUACUUAAGUAGGAUCCUAGCUUCUUACAAAUUAAGGCACUGUUAAUGAGCGCUUCGCAUCUGCCGAAUCAUUUUGUGUGCUUAGUGCGAGUUUUUUAACGUUCUCGAUAGCGUAAAAGUUAGCUCAUAUUUGUAUGGAAUGGAAACGUUUGCCUUCCUUUGCCGUUAGGGGCGCUGUUCCAACUGCAUACAAAAUUGGGUUAACUUUUACGCUAUCGAGAACGUUAAAAAACUCGCACUAAGCACACUGAAUAACGUCUUCUUAUAACGAGUUUAUAAGCCUACGAUAACUCAUUAUGAUUAAGACCGUGUUGUAAAUUUCUGAAACGUUUGAUAGGCUUAAAUGACGUUUUAUUAGGAUCGGUUUAUAAUAUUCUUUAAGAGUUUUAUUGUGAAUAAGUCACGUGGGCUCUUUAUUUGCUCUCGUGUAGUAAGUAUUAGGAGUUGCUUCAUUCCAAUUAUAUUUUAUUAGUAUUGUCGUUUAUUUUACUUCUAGUCACAGUACUACUGGUUGCUAGAUUAAGUUUUGUUGAAAAUAAUGGAAACGAGGAAUAAUUUUGGGGAUUUAAAAAACAGAAAAGUAAUAAGACGGCAAUUAGUAUUACGAUUCAUGAACAUAUAUUUGUGCUGUACUUGAUAUUAAGUUGUCAGUCACUUUUGCGUGUUUUGCGAAAUGUUGUGUUUUGAUAACAUCUUUAUAUAUAAUAUAUGAAAACAAUUUAUUUCUAUCAUACAUCAUUCUUCGUUUUAAUGAACAUUCUUUAUAACUACUAGGUACUUAUAAAAUAUUGUUUAUUUUAAAUUUGAACAUCUUUUUUCGUUAUAAUUUCUUUGUGACCUCAAAUUAUAUUUCACGUUUUAUAAAAAAAGACAUUUUUAUGUUCUAUAUUGAUUAAUAUUAAUUACAAGUUGACGGUGUCAAAAUAUAUUAUCUGUUUAUAUUAUGUGAAAA